GAGGAGACAGCAAGAGAAAAGAAGUUUCCUCUUCCAAGAAGUACCUGAUUGUUUAUAUCAAUAUAUAGUUACUAGAAUUUCUACCAGGUACACAUGGAAAUGGGAGGACAGAGUUGCUUCAAGGUUUUGAUUGUGUGUCUUUUGGCAUUGAUUGCAUCAAAUCAUGCUCAAUUAGAGCAGGGUUUUUAUACAAAAACCUGCCCAAAAGCUGAGAAGAUCAUUUUAGACUUUGUUCAUGAACAUAUCCACAAUGCUCCAUCACUUGCAGCUGCAUUAAUAAGAAUGAACUUUCAUGACUGUUUUGUCAGGGGAUGUGAUGCAUCAAUCCUUCUGAACUCAACUUCCAAACAGGCUGAAAGGGAUGCUCCUCCAAAUCUUACAGUUAGAGGGUUUGACUUCAUUGACAGAAUCAAGAGCCUUGUUGAAGCUCAAUGCCCUGGUGUUGUCUCUUGUGCUGACAUAAUUGCUUUGGCUGCAAGAGACUCAAUUGUAGCCACUGGAGGCCCCUUUUGGAAAGUUCCAACAGGUAGAAGGGACGGUGUCAUCUCUAACUUGGUAGAAGCCAGAAGCCAAAUUCCUGCUCCAACUUCCAACUUCACCACCCUCCAAACACUCUUUGGCAAUCAGGGACUUGAUUUAAAAGACUUGGUCCUCCUCUCUGGUGCUCACACAAUUGGGGUGUCCCAUUGCUCAUCACUCUCAAACCGUUUGUUCAAUUUCACUGGUAAGGGUGAUCAAGACCCAUCACUUGACAGUGAAUAUGCAACAAAUCUCAAGACCUUUAAGUGCAAGAACAUCAAUGACAACACCACAAAGAUUGAGAUGGACCCCGGAAGUCGCAAAACAUUCGAUCUUAGUUACUAUGGUCACUUAAUCAAGAGAAGGGGCUUAUUUGAGUCUGAUGCUGCAUUGUUGACAAACUCUGUUACAAAAUCUGAGGUCAUACAACUGCUUCAGGGGUCACUUGCAAAUUUCUUUGCUGAAUUUGCCAAAUCUAUGGAGAAACUGAGUCAAGUUAAAGUGAAAACUGGGACAGAAGGAGAGAUCAGGAAGCAUUGUGCAGUAGUAAAUAGCUAAGAAUCUUGGCUUUUGAUAUUGAAUCAUUUGGGUACAACUUGUAUGAUACCAUUUUGGGUUUGGUUAUUUAUGCUGUUGCCAUGGGGUUUCUCCUAAUAAAAGACCCUAUGGUAUGGAUGUUCCAUGUUUGUUGCGUAACGAGUGAGUUCCAUUGUUUUUCUUAUUUGCUUGCUUUGUAGAUCAUGUUCUUGUUGUAAUAAAAAGCAGGUUUGAGAGAAA